CGCGUUUUACAGGUUUUUAUUCCAGUUAAUUGUAAUUAAUGAAAUAUAUUUGUUUUAUUUAAUGUUCGGUAGCCCGUGUAUGGCAGACGUAUACACAGUUUGCUGAAAGCUGCUGAUUCCAGAGAACCAUGUUUGUUUUAUAUGAAACUCCAGCUGGAUAUGCUAUAUUCAAGCUUCUGGACGAAAAAAAACUCCAGGAAAUCGAUAACCUCUAUUUGGAAUUCGAAUCUCCAGAAAAGGCCAACAAGGUAGUCAAGUUAAAGCAUUUUGAAAAAUUUGCUGAUACAACUGAAGCACUAUCUGCUGCCACGGCUGCGGUUGAAGGGAAACUUUCUAAACCGCUCAAGAAAACCCUUAAAAAGCUCGUAUCUGAUGAUGUUCAAAAUCAGUUGCUUGUAGCCGAUGCAAAAUUAGGAAGUGCCAUCAAGGAUAAACUGGCCUUGCAAUGUGUAUCCAAUACCGCUGUUCAAGAGCUAAUGCGCUGCAUUCGUUCUCAAUCGGAAAGUUUGCUUUCUGGAUUGCCCAAAAAGGAGAUGGCCGCAAUGGCUUUGGGUUUGGCUCAUUCAUUGUCUCGGUAUAAGCUAAAAUUCUCACCGGAUAAGAUUGACACCAUGAUUGUGCAGGCGCAAUGCCUUCUAGAUGAUCUAGAUAAGGAGCUGAAUAAUUACAUGAUGCGCGCUAGAGAAUGGUUUGGUUGGCAUUUUCCAGAACUAGGAAAAAUUCUGACGGAUAAUAUUGCGUUUAUUAAAACCAUAAAACUAGUUGGAACUCGUGACAACAUGGCCACCACGGAUCUCUCUGAUAUCUUGCCCGACGAGUUGGAAGAAAAGGUUAAAGAAGCAGCGGAAAUUUCCAUGGGAACAGAAAUUUCGGAAGAAGAUAUUGUAAAUAUACAAAACUUGUGCGAUGAAAUCCUAUCCAUCAAUGAGUAUCGUACACAUUUAUACGAUUACCUGAAGACACGGAUGAUGGCCAUGGCUCCAAAUUUGACAGUGUUGGUUGGAGAAACCAUUGGAGCACGUCUCAUCGCACAUGCCGGGUCGCUGGUAAAUCUGGCUAAACAUCCUGCGUCGACUGUGCAGAUUUUAGGUGCCGAAAAGGCUCUAUUCCGAGCACUUAAAACUAAGAAAGACACUCCCAAGUACGGUAUCAUUUUUCAUGCUAGUUUGAUUGGUUCAGCUAGUGCCAAAAAUAAAGGCAAAAUUUCCCGAUCGUUAGCGGCCAAAGCCUCUCUAGCAACACGUGUCGAUGCCUUCGGCGAAGAUGUGACUAUGGAGUUAGGUACUGAACACCGUGCAAAACUGGAAAUGCGUUUACGUAUGCUGGAAGAAGGCAAUCUGUCGCGACUUUCUGGUACCGGCAAAGCUAAGUCUAAGCUAGAAAAGUACCACUCUAAAAGCGAGGUAAAGGUAUUCAAAAUCGGGGAAGACAGCACUCUUCCCAUCGGUAAGAAACGCAAGCUUUCAGAAGGUAUUGAAAUUGGUGACGAAGUCGAGGAUGAACCAUCAGACAAAUCGAUUGCUGGAGAGUCAUCUAAGACGAAAAAGAAAAAGAAGCAGAAGGACGUUGAAAGUGCUCAAGCUUUGAUGACAGUAAAAACUGAAGACGAAGAAAUUGUACACACCGAGAAAAAGAAAAAGCCGCAAGAAGCAGAAAAAGCAUUAAUGCACGAGGAAGUCUCCCAGGAAGAAAUCACUGAGACGCCAAAAUCGGAAAAGAAAAAGAAGAAGAAGAAAUCGAAGGAAUAAAGUUUCAUACAGUUACAUU